AGGCUUUGAAAAAGUAAUACACAUUUAACUGCCGUCCUACUUAAAAUUGUAAUUCAGGAAUAUCUAAGUAUUCUUUUGGAUAGAGAAACCAUUUCAUACUAGUCAUGUCCAAGCCCACGAACCUAAAGGAUGCCCUGGCCAAGUGGGAGGAGCGCAAUAAGCAGCCGGCCAGCACUGCCACAGAAAUUGGACUGCAGUUCCAGUAUCCACCGAUCGAGAAAAUGGAUCCGAUCCUCAACACGCUGACCGAGUGUCAGAAACUCAGUUUGUCCUCCAAUAUGAUUGAGAAGAUUAGCGGUAUAUCGGGAAUGAAGAACCUGAAGGUCCUGAGCCUGGCGCGUAACAAUCUGAAGACCCUCAAUGGCAUCGAACCCUUGGCCGACACUCUAGAGGAGCUGUGGGUGAGCUACAACAACAUCGAGAAGAUCAAGCCCCUCGAAGUGAUGAAGGCUUUGAGGGUGUUCUAUAUAUCCAAUAACGUGAUCAAGGACUGGGCAGAGUUUAUGCGCAUCGCCAUUCCACCCAAUCUCACGGAAAUCACGUUCGUGGGCAACCCAUUAAACGAGAACAUGGAACCGGCUGCCUUUACCGCCGAGGCAGUGCGUCGUCUGCCCAAUCUGAAGAAACUCGACGGGGAGCCAGUCAUUCGCUAGGGGAAACCUAACAAACCCUGUUCUGUUAUGUUCUAAAUAAA